CAUGAGCGAUUUAGAUGACCCACUAACCGGGCAGCAGCAGCAACAGCAACAACCUCUAACCCAAACCACCCCACGCAGUUCGCUCGGUUCGGGAGCGCUUUCCUACAGCAAUUCCUCCAUCUCACCCUCAACCAGUUCGAGCAGCUCCGGUUCAGCAAAAUCCGCCGUCAGCGAGUGUUUAGGUGCAUGGCUCAACUAUCUGCAGAUCAUGAACAAUUUGUGUGCGGCCGGUUACCGGCUAGCACAAACGAUAGCCGCACUCGAGCCGUGGGCGUACUUCGAUCAACCAAAUUCCGCCACCGGAGCCGGUGGACCAUCAUCCGGUGGAAACAACCCAUCAGGAGGUGGUCCCACUCCGCCCCAGUCACAGCAGCCCCAGAUACCGCAGCUACCCUUUACAACCUCGCAGAUACCAUCACACAUGGCCUUUCAGUUCAUUACCGCCUGGGAUGAGCUGGCCCGCGCAUCCGUUAUGGCCACGAGCACGGUCAAAUCGCACAUCGUGAGCGUGCUGCAGGACUUUAAAACGCAACCGCUGGCCACGGUUGAGCAGGAAGGCGAACUGCUACAUAUCAAGGAGUACAAUCAGCUUAUACUGCAGGACAACGCACAAACGAUGAUAAAUCUGCAGCACCAGUUCUGUGUCGCUUCGUGUGAUGCGUUUGCCCAGCUGAUGUGCUGCUACCAGUGCCAAACGCAGGUUGGAUUCCCGCACGAUCCAGACUGUCCUAUGGUGCAGCAUCCGAUGUCCGCCGCUGCGACGAUUGCACGUACCGGUGGCGGUAUAACGGUGGACCAGCGCUCCCAAACACCGUCUCCCCACUUUGGGAUGAAAAUGCAGGAAAACGCUCGGCUGUACGAUCGGACGGGGUCAAUUUCGACGCAGGGAUCUUCCUCCGAUCACGGUACGACGGCGUACGAGCAAACGCGUGGUCCUUCCCCGCAUGAUAUUCGUGGCCCGAGUCCGAUUCAGGGUUAUUUGGAUAAUAUACGUGGACCGCUCCCGAAUCCGGGCCAUUUAUCGGGCAUGAAGGCCCCAUUCUAUCGGGGGUCACGAUCGCCGCUGAAUUUUCCUCUGUUCACGCUGAAUGGGCAACGGCGAUGGUCGGAAGCGGCAGCAGGGGAAGUGAACUCGGAGGCGGCACUAGACCCCGAAAGUCAAAUGCGUCGAUGGUCGAUGCCGUGGGAAGCGAAAGCCGAUAAAUCCACCGUUCACUGGAACCAAACGCGCCUAAUGCCGAUUUCGAAGCUUGCGGUGCCAGCCAGCGGCCCAGGACCAACACCCAAAUCUUCGCUCGGCGAUCGUAGCCAAAGCACAACGCCAGAUUCAACCUGGCACUCGUCAAUUACGAGCCAGGAUGGGUUGGUGGAAGCGAUACAGUUACUGUCCUGUCGGCCAAUCCACCGGAUGCAGCCGAUGAUGAUGAUGGCACCGCCAAACAUAGGACCACCGUUCGUUGAGGAACCGUCAGGAAUGCAGCAACAAGAAUCUCAAAGUACGCUGGGCAAUCCACCCGGAGGACUGUACGGUAUCUGGACGCAACAGAAUCCUCCGAGCGCUAUCUUGCGCCAGUCCACCGCAGCAGGGACAAUGCAGCAGGACCGCAUGAUACCGCUGAUGAACUACAUCCGCGAGCAGGAUUCAUCGAUUGACGAAAAUCCACCUAACUAACUC